AUGUUCAGUUCAAGUACUGCGGGACGUUACAUCAACGAGACAAAAACAAGUGCCCAGCAGUUGGAAAGACUUGUGAGAAAUGUGAGGCAGGCAGUAUCCGCUCGAGUUCUAUGUUGUGAACAAGCAAUCUCAGGACUGGAAGCUUGUGAAAAGUUAAACGUUAUAAAAAGAGGUGGUCUCGUCGCUGGUUACGCUGUUAAACCAAAUAAAAUCCGUUUAGGCAUGGAUCCAAAAGAUCUUAAGGAGGCGGUGAAGAGAGAGUAUUAUCCAAUGAAAACUUUCGAAGAUGAUCUGACUAGAUUACCUGAAGCCAAGAUAUUUUCGACUUUGGAUGCUACAAGUGGAUUUUGGCAAAUCCCUCUGGAUGAAGAGUCCUCAUUUCUGACCUGUUUCAACACUCCAUUUGGACGUUAUAGGUCUAAAAGCCUGCCCUAUUUCGCAUUACAUCUGCUCCUGAAGUCUACCAACGAGUCGUGGAAGAAUCGUUUGGUGGUUUAG